AUGGUGAGCCUGUUUUGCGGCGCCGGCGGGCUCGACCUGGGGUUUGAGCGCGCCGGAUUUGUCGGCCUGCUGGCCGUCGAUAGCAAUCGCGAUGCCGUCGCUACAUACCGCGCCAACCUGCGCGACGUGGCCGCCCUGCAAGAUGUGCGCACUUUUAGUCCUGCAGCUGACCUCCUAGCGAGCGGCUGCGACGUGGUGGCCGGCGGUCCGCCGUGCCAGGGCUUCUCGAUCGGCGGCCACAUGCGCACCGACGACUGUCGCAGCGAGCUGGUGUGGGAGUUUGUGCGCGUCGUGCGCCAGCUGUUGCCGCGUGCCUUUGUCAUGGAGAACGUGGCCGCGCUGGCGACACACCCCAAGUGGCACACCGUGCGCGACAAGCUGGUUAUGCCGUCGGGGUCCAUCUCCUCGACGCGGCACACUCGUGGCGUUCCGCAAACGCGCAAGAGGGCGUUUUUUGUGGGCGUGCUGGCGAACCUUAUGCCACCAGGUGCCUCCAUCGAGGCUGCCUACGCUGCUCGUCUUGCUCAAGCGCGUUUGGAAAUGGGCGUCGGUCCAACGCCUCCCACGGUGCGCAAUGUCUUGGCUGGUCUGCCACGGCCCGGCGUGGCGCCCAACACCGCACCGUGUAGUGCCCGUGUGACGCUGGCAAAGCAACCGCAGUUGCGCGCAACCCCUUACGCGGGCCUGCUCUUUAACGGCGGCGGACCGCCGCUCAACUUGGAUGCGCCGAGCUGCACCCUGCUCGCAUCCAUGGGCGGCAACCGCACCCCGAUCAUCGACGAGCGCGCUCUCUACGACGGCGCCGUGCCUUGGGUGGUAGAGUACCACGCCGCCUUGACCAGCAAACAGAACGUUGGCUGUGCGACAGACUCUGGCGCUAGCUGCGGGUCCAUCCAAGAUAAAAGCCGGGCAUCCAAAGCCGACAGCAGCUGCACGGCCGAGACCGUUACCAGCGUCAUGCUCGCUCAUGGCAGUGACUUUGUAGCCACCCACAGUGGCGGCAAAAUGGCCGCUCAUAGUGACGGCAACGUGGCCAUCCAUAGCGACUACAGCUCCAUGUUGGGGGUCGAUGACGAUGCCGGGAACACACACAAGGGGUGCCACAAAGCAAAGGCCAAUGUCGAACAACACGCCACCGGCGCUGUGCUUGCUGCUGCAAUCAAGGGCAGUGGCCGCGCCAACAAAGAACGUGAAUGCAAGCCAUGCUGCCAAGACGCCAUCCGUGCCAAAGACGCGCCAACCGCGCAAUCGCCGCCGGCAUGGGUCCCCCGGCUGACCGUUGCCGAAGCCGCUCGCCUGCAAGACUUUCCCGAGGGCUAUAGCUUUUGCGGCGCACAAUCAUCCCAGUACAGGCAGGUGGGCAACUCUGUGCCACCCAAGCUGGCGCAGGCCGUGGCGCUUGCCUUGCGUUUUGUCCUCGACAAUGAUCUGCUGCCGGCGAAAGCAUGA